CCCCGAUCGCCUUAGAUAUAACGGAACUGCGUACGGAACUAAAGCUAAGAAUAGAUUCGCAUCACUUUGUCUAGUAAAGAAAUGGACCAUGAGUCAAAUUUUAUCCCAUUUUGACGCUAGAAGUCUUUUACUCCAUUCAAAGAACUACCUCAACAAGAUAACCAUCACAACGACAACAUCACCAUGCCUCAACCUGUGAACAAGAACCACGAAUAUACAAGACGCACGAAACCACUGUACUUUUAGAGCGAGAACGUAGGCGUACGGGUCAGUGAUAUAACUUCUUCUACGAGCAGCUUUAUCGCCGAAACGAGCAUAGGAUUUCAAACUUGGACAAGUUCGCCUGAGGCCGACCUUCGACAGCAAUUUAAGGCUAUUCGUUGUAAAUCAUCGAUGUUUUUUUCGCAUGCUGUAUGUAAUACUAAUAGCAUCUUCCAUGACCGCCUCAUGAUGGAUGAAGAUGAUGGGUGAAGAUGAAAGAGAAGGGCUCUCCUUAAUAAUCGCGUGACAAUUGAUUCAAUCUACAUGCAUGAUUGGAACUAUCAUGGCAAGCUUCUCUUUGAACGAAACUUGGAACUGGAACUCUACACGAUCACAACACUUCUAACAAAGGCAACGGGAAAACAACGCUUCUUCGAGGAACAGGAGGCCGCAGUCGAGAGGCGAACAAUCCAGUGGCGAGGGUGGAGACGCGACAGCGACAGGCAGUUAUGACCCUCACUGGGAGACGAGACACAAAAUUUUUGACAAUAAAAUCCUGACUCGUCAAGGAAAUUGACUGCCUUAAAGCUAAAGGUGAUCAAGAUUUCGAUAUCCCGACAGCGAUAUCGUCCACAAGAUUUGGAUCCCAAUGGAGUUGAUGUAAUAAAGCAAAAGCUCCUCCACCUCCUCAUGAUGCCCAUCUAAGGCAUUACGAAACGAGCGGCCGCGGGUGAUGCUGUUGGUGCGAGUCAAUAUUUAGGUGUCACAUCAGAUGAUGUGGCCGUUGUGCGUCGAGAGGUGGAGAAUAAAGAUUAUGGGUAGGUUUUAGGUGUUUUUGCUGGCCUCAUUUUUGCCUCCCUAAAGGGAGACAGGCAAAAAUAACGUGGAACAAAAACUAAAACACCAAGGACCUACCUCUAAAAAGAAGCCGAACUAGCGCAAAUCCAGCAGAAAGAAGACGACCUCGAGAAAGAAAUCCAGAGUCUCGCGGCAAGGCUCGAGGCCAAAAAAAGCGUCUAUCGUGUAUGGCAAUGUUACCACUUGAGUGCUUAUAUAGUAUCACUAUCCUGGACUUCUGAAUCUGAUUUUUACUUCGGUAUAAUAUACUCAACAUCGUCCCGAUGUUCAUGUAGAAACUGAUCUGUUAUAUUUAUUUAGCAUCAGCAGAACUACAUCAACAAAUAAGAUCAUUUGAAUUUACUUAUUUCAGAAGCUGCUCCUGAUACAUGAUAGACGUAGCCCCGUUCAUUCUUGGAUAAAAUUGGCAAGCUGGAUGAGGAGAUGAAAAGUAUUCGACUACGAAUGAAUCGAGUUGAGACUGCGAAUCAGAUCGUCGAGAAAGAGAAAGUGGACGUAGCCACCGGUAUGCGGGCUCUUUUCACGACCCUGGACUCAAGCGUCGGAGUGAACAAAAUGACUACCACGACUCCCGGCGAUCAGAUGCGGCGAUCUUUUACCGAACUGGCAGGUGGGUCGCCGUCGUCGCUCGCAGGGAAUCUGAGGUCGAAUGAUUAAGAAGGAAGAUCAUUUAGAGCCCUCAACAAGGUAGGGUCCACCUCCACUUCCUCCACUUCCGGGUCCACGAUACAACAUGGUAGAUUUCUAUAAUUUAUUUCAUAAACCUCGUCACAUGAUCAUGAUGUAUCUCUGGUGCUACUUCUAUCGUCCUGUUCUCUAAUAAAGUAACUACAAUAGGCCGCCUGCAGAGAGUAGGGUGGGUCGGGGGACCGCGGGAGAUCGCGCUGGCGGAACGCCGAGUCCGUCACAACGUCAGUUUAAGCAGAGAGGGCCAGCAUCGAGUCGAAGGAUGGCGGAUGGCGGACCAUCGGUAGCUGCAAUGGCCAGAAAUUCCGGGAUAUUAAGGCUCAAAGAAAUUCAAAAAAUAGAAGUUCUCAAUUUCUGAAAGUGUCUCAGCUGCUCAAGGUAAAAUGAUAUAUCGAAGAAUUUACUCUUUGAAGGAAAAAGCGGUCGAAUCUCAUCGGUGGUCUCCUUUCAAGAUGAAUUUAUUGAUUUUCAAAGUUGGUGAGCUCCUCUAAGGGUAGGGAGUCAGCGGCCGGGCAGUCAGCCAAGGAGUCCUCCAAAGCCUACUUCGCCGCCUCGCAGUCCCGGCUACGGCGCAAGUACUAGGGUAAACGGAGGAUCCCCGAAUUCGGUACCCAGAGUCAUUAAGGUCAUUGGAAUUUGAAGAUUUCUUUAUGUCUAGCUAGCAGUAAUCAUACUACUUGAUCGUGAUGCGUGCGGCACUGCUGCCUAUCUUGACUCUACAAAAUGAUAGGUGAAUUUACCCUGCUCUUCUAAUCCUUUCUCAAGUACCUCUGGUGGUGGCGUCGGUUCGUCCUCAGUCAUUCAUCUGAGCAAAACGGGUAAAAAUGUCCAGGCGAUGGACGCUCUCUUUCGCGAGACGAGGAAACGGUUAUGAUAUCAAAUAUUCUGGAAAUAUCUUCUCACGCAUGAAAAGGAUGCAUCUUUCUUCAGUUAUGACAUUCUAUCUACCGGUGCAUGCUUAUACUAUCGAUGUUCUACUCUUAGAAUGACAUCAGAAGUACUACUUGUUCUUAAGAAAAAGAACCUACAUCACUCAUUAUCAUUUUCCCUUCUUCAUACUGGCAUGACGCCGCGCAAGCAGCGAGCCAAUCGCCUGGCAAGAACGUGGUAUACUAUUCUGGCAACACAGACGAAGGAGAAGUGUACGGAUCUGGUGGCCCAGUGGUGGUGCGUCCGACAAAGGCAGGAGCUUUGCGCCGCAGUGGGAGUCCCGGUUCACAGCUUGCAAGCGGUGAUCCAAGGUAAGAAUCUGUAAUUUGCUAGUUACUCCCAUACAACAUAUUAAGUUUACUAAGUACCCAAAUAGCUUCUUCUAGUAGAAAGCGCCAUGGGUGGACAAAGAAAGCGCCAUUCCCUUUGCCUUUGUGAAGUGAGCGUUUAAAUCUAGUACUUGCCCUACAUGAUACAUAAAAUUAACAACUCUUUUCUUGUCUUCAACAGAUCCGCCGGCAAAAAAAGCAUGAAGCCGAACUCUCUUACACCAUUCAAGUAAUCUAUCUUUGUGGCGCGGCUGUGAAGAAGUAGUAGAGAUACAGCACUACUUUAUGCAUCAUCCGCGUUUUGAGGGAGACCUUUCUAUGCUUGCGGGAACAGUAAAAAGAGGCGGGAUCCGAUCCAUCGGUCUCUUCUUUUUAGGAGAAGGACAUGACAGGUGUAGCAGGCGCAUCCCCAUGAAGAAAGAUGAAAGAGUACUACGGGUGCAUAGGGUAGUCUACGCAUGAUUGUUGCCUCAAGAAACAUCGUCAUCUUUGGCAGGACACUGCUUCAAAUUUAACUCAUUGAUUACUGUGGUGGUGGCUACCACGUCCCAACCGUUGCAAACCCGCAUGACAUACAGAAUAAGUACUCAAAGUAGCUACAACCGUACAAGAGCAGGAAGUACUUAAGUACAAGCGAAAAGUCAAUGCAAAGCUAGAGCUUACC